AUGUCGCAGGACUUACGAUACGUGAACGCCUUGAAGGCAUGUUUACCGACUGGAUUUGCGCCUGAACUGGCAGACUCUACAACAGCGCCAGAGACUCUAGCGCUCAUUGACCGCUUGCUCUGCUUCGCCAGUGGCGGGGAAUGUCCGGACGAUGUUCCGGAGCAGGUGCGGCAAGAAUGGGACGCGAAGCAAGCGGAACUGGAGACUGCAAUGCGGAGGCUGGUAGAGGAUAAGGCGGACGGGAAGAGGAAGAGGGAUGAAGACCCUAUUGCAGCAAGUACAAGUGCUAAACGAGUGAAGGUGUCUGAAUCCGGGACCGAGUCCCCCGCCCCUGCGGACCACGAUAGGGACGACGCGCCCCUGCACACUCUACACGCCAUCUCGGUGUCGUCGCCCGUGCGCAAGAAGGUGGACGUCAUCGUGCACGAGCGAAGCCUAAAGUUUGUCCAUCCCUCCACGACUGUGUCGAUUCCGCGCUCCUCGAUAAAACACGCGUUCCUCCUCCCCACGCGCGGCAAGGCGAAGCCGCACUGGACGGUCGUCCUCCUCACUGACGCUGCCGCCUCUUCAAGGGCGCAACAGAAAGGCAAGGCCCCGGAGACCACGCAGAUCAUAUUCGGGCUGGAGGCCGCCGCGCCCUCCGCGCUCAUGACCACUACCUAUCCUACCCCCGGCACGCCAUCAAAAGAGACGCACCCAAAGAAUACGCCCACGCUCCCGCUGCUCCGGACGUUCUUCAACAAGCUCGGGGUGCAGCCGCACGAGCCGUCCACGAGCGUGUUCAGGAGCACCCUGCCGGACAUGAUGAGCCCCGGCGAGGCGGGGAGCCCGUCGCUCACGGCGUACAUGGGCGCGAAGCCGGGGUCGCUGUACUUCUUCGAGACGGGCCUGCUGUGGGGCGAGACGAAGCCGUACCACUGGUGGCCUCUCGAGGACCUGGCGCCGAUGGAGGAGGACGAGGGCAGCUUGCGAGGGGGAGUGAGGGUGGUGUGGGCGGGCGGGCGGCUGUGCACCAUCGUGCUCAGUAGAAAGGGCGAUGAGGAGGGCGUGCAGGAGCUGGAUGAGGGGGAGGAGACGCACUUGGGCAUGGUGGAUGCGAAGGAGAAGGGCGAGGUGGAGGAGUGGGUGAGGAGGCAUAAGAGGUGGUUCGGGAAGGGGAAGGGCGGCAGUGGCGCUGCCCAGGCUGGGAAGGUGAAGGAGGUCGCGAUGAAUGGGGAGGAUGGGGAAGAGAUGGGGGAUAGUGACGACGAGGAAGACGAGGACUUUGAGGGGGAUAGCGACUCUGACGGAGGUUCUCCCACGGAAGAUUCUGAGGAAGAGGGUGACGUUGGAGGGGAGGAGGACGCAGCUGGUUCAGACGCAAGUGGCGGAGAGGAAGAUGGGGAAGGGGACGAAGAUGAUGAGGAAGGUGAUUUGAACCCAGCAAGACAUCCCUUAAUGCGGCCUGGUGCGGUGCCCAAGAUGUCCAAGGGUGUCAUGGACAUGGUCGUAGGUGUGGUAGAGCAGGAAUUCCUAGGCCCAGGCAAUGACCUGGGCAGUGAGGAAGAGGAUGAACUGGACGAUUGAGGGAAUCGAUCCAGUUGUUUAAUAUGUACACUAUCUAGGAGGAAAAUACAUCUAAGUUCUACCCACGCCUGAA